AUGAACGUCAGAACAAAGUACGAACGAACAGCGAAACCAGUACAGAAGGCGGAUGAAGAGCAGAAGAUCCGGUACCCGGUGAACCUACAAAGACGAGCAACUUGUUGGAGAAGGACAACGAGAAGAACAGCCAUGAGAAGGAGAAAGACAAGGAAGGAGGGAACAAUUCGGCCUACUUUUAAAAGCAUCGACGGCCGCGAAAAAUGGACAACGAAAUUUUUCAUUCGUUUUUAUUAUUCGACUUUCGAUCGAUUCAUUUCAAUGCCGAACGCUCAGGAAUUGGCUGGAAAGAAUGCGCCGGGUGAAAAGCCGAAGAAAGGAUACGACGAUGUACCCGAGAUUUCGUUAGAUGACGAUGAUGACCCGAUAAAGAAGAGCUUUAAAAAUGAAAAGCCGCUUGGAAAACAAUCGAAAAAGGGAAAGAAGGGCGAGGAAAAGAAGAACAAAGCGACGAUCAAGAGCGAGAAGGAGAAAGACAAGAUGGAUAAAAAGGAAAUCGAGAAGGACAAGGCAAUUGAAAAGAGAAAAGAAAACGCGAAAGAGAAAGAGCCAGCCUCCACUCCGACUACCACCACUCCAUCAAAGGAGAAUAAGCCCUCCCAGCACGAGUCAAUUACUCCGAAAAACAAGAAGAAAAAGAGAUGCUGUGCAAUUAUG